GAGGAGCAGGAGCAGGGAAAAGAGAAGCUGCAACCAGCAGCCUUGGGAAGCUGUGGCAGACCGUAGAAGCCGCUCGCUCCAAGCCGGUUCCAUCCGCAGACUGCGCGCGCGUCUCGCCUUGUCCGCUCAGCCCUCGGGUGCUGCGAGAGCGGCUGCCCUUCCCUCACAGGCACCUGGAAGGAGCUGCUGCUCUUGCAGCAGCCUAAGCCGCGCUCUUCGUCCUCCGCUUGCAGCCGAGCCCUUUCGCUCCUCAGCCGCCACCACAGUCGUUUCUUUCUUACCCCUCAGUUUCCCACCUCGCCCUCCCCGCCCUGGGGAAGGGCAGCUGAUGCCAAGCACCGAAGCUGCGGGCGAGCACGGAGCAAGCUGGCGGGACUGACUGGGGUGGGCGGGAGAGCCGCGGCAGGAACCGAGGGCGCACGAGAGAAAUAAUUGUCUGUGUGAGAGGAAAAUCUAAUCUUGGCGCCAAUAAGCGAGCCCGAGGAGAGCCGCGUCUUUGGGGAGGGGGGCGCGCUCGCGGAAAGCCAUAGGAUCGGACGGCGACGCUGCCAGGCUUUGCUGCUGCUGCUGCUGCUCUUCGGCGUGACCGACGCGGCGAAGUUCGACGCAAACGUGUUGCUCGCCGCCGCCGCCGGCAGCCUCCACCUGCCAGCGCCCGGUGGUUGUGGCUCCCGCAGCGCUUGCCUUUCUGGAGCCCCGGCUGGCGCCAUUCCGCGAAGGUGGGCGUCACUUUGCCUGCUCUGAGGACCGAGGACACCCAGGCAAUAACUUCAAGCUGGCAUUGUGAAUACAGAUUCUGCUACAAGAAAAUAACACAGAGCCGGGAGUGUGAGACUGCGACAACCAUUCCCUUGUGUCAUGUCAUUGUCGGCUAUCACAGUGGCAGAAUCAGCCAGAUCGGUGAAGACAAAAAGUGUCCCUCUUCCUCUUGCUCUUUCAACUGCCACUGGCAUCCAAAGUGACCUUGCCUUGUAAAUAUUGUCAUAGUGAAUCCCUAUUGGAACUGAAUGGUGAAUAAAUAUAUGAAAUCAACACUGACGAUUGCCUUUAGUGUCCAAGACAAGUUCAAGAAAAGCUAUGUGUCAUCUCUUCGUGGCCAAGAAGUAACUUGGGAUGAAACUGAUAGAGGCAUCUUUAGAAACUCAAACCAAAUGAUGCCAUAUCUCACAAUGCUCCUCCGCUAGUCUGAUGAAGAUUUAUAUCCAUAAUUUUCCAUCAAGAAAAAGGUGGAAAGAAAACUCUGCAGAGAUGAGCUCUUAAUUAAUGCACAGGGUCCCUGCGAGUCCCACCUCUCAAUAGCAGUGAUUGACAUCCAAGGAUACAUAAAUUACACUAAUUGAGCUUUGCAUCUACGCAGUCUUUCUACAACCAACUCAUCGGAGGAGAAUUCCUCUGUGCCCCACCGGAAUACCUUUUGUCAUAAGCAGAAAACACAGAAAGUGUUCCGAACAGGAAGAGGUGGACUUAAAUUGAAUGUAGAUCAGAAUUUCAAGUUAUCUGGCCUGAUGUGCAUACAGAAGGAAUGAAGCAUGGAUGUGAAAGAACGCAGGCCUUAUUGCUCCCUGACAAAGGGCAGAAGAGACAAGGAAAGGCGUUACACAAAUUCUUCAACAGAAAACGAUGAGUGCAGAGUUCCUACACAGAAGUCCUACAGCUCAAGUGAAACUUUAAAAGCUUUUGAUCAUGAUUCCUCCAGAUUGCUGUAUGGAAACCGGGUAAAAGACUUGGUCCACCGGGAGUCAGAUGAGUAUAGCAGACAAGGACAGAAUUUUACCCUAAGGCAGUUAGGAGUAUGUGAACCAGCAACUCGAAGAGGACUGGCAUUUUGUGCUGAAAUGGGGCUCCCCCACAGAGGUUACUCUAUCAGUGCAGGGUCAGAUGCUGAUACUGAAAAUGAAGGAGUGAUGUCUCCAGAGCAUGCCAUGAGACUUUGGGGCAGGGGGGUCAAAUCAGGCCGCAGUUCCUGUCUCUCAAGCCGUUCCAACUCAGCCCUCACUUUAACUGAUACUGAGCAUGAAAACAAGUCUGACAGUGAGAAUGGGACUGCUGCUCAACCCACCCUAUGUUGGAACACUGAAUAUCAUGAUGAGGAUCUGAUCCUGAAUGGAGAUACUGAACGCUACCAAAAUAGAAGUAAAUAAAAGUAAAACUAAUAACAUAAUAAUGACAGAGAAAUGCUGCUUCACAAGUUCACUCAGUAAACUCAAAUUAUUUUUAUGGAGAAAAAAUGGAUUUAUGCACAAAAAUAUACCAUUAACCAUUAAGCAUUUUACAACAGUGACAUAUUGCAUCAUAGCUGUCAACUCCCGGAUUAAAAAAUAAGGGAGCAGCAGCGGCGUGACACCGGAAGUCGCUUCUACGCAUGUCCAGACAUGCGUAGAAGCGACUUCC